UAUAUAUAUAUAUGCUAGUAACAUAGGAACAAGUCCACAACAUAGGUCAUCUCCCUCCAUGCCACACCAGCAGAUGAAUGAGUUUGAAAAUAUAAAAACAAACCCAAAAGACAAUGCUAUUUACGAAAUCCAUUUUUUACUUUGCUUCUCCCAUUUUCUUGACUCAAUCUCUGAUGUCGAUGCCAUUAUCACCUCCACCACCCUCAGUUUAUAUCCACUCCACUCCUCAUCAAUCAAAAUUUCAUCAUUUCUUACAUCUGGGUGGUAAACAUUAAAGAAAGAGAAGAAAAUAGAAGAAAAUGUGUGUUAUGGGUUCUUCUCUGUUUUUUCUUUUUUGGUUACCUUUAGGAUUAUUGGGUUCUAUUGUUUCUAGGUUUAAUGCUUGUUAAGCUAUGUGUUAACUGAAUCUCCAUUCCCACCCCUCCUUUUUAGUGAUUUUUUUUAAUUGAUUUCUCGCAUGUUAGGUGGUGACAAUUUUCUGCAACAUGUUUGGGUGGUUUAGAUUUUGUUGAAAAAAUGGAUAAAAAGAAGAAAAGAAAAGAAAAUGUAUUAUGGGUUCUUGUGUUUUUUACUUUUUGGAUUAGUGAAUUUUAUUGUUUCAGGGUUUUUAUGCUGGUUGAGUUAUAUGUUGAACAAUUUUUUUCCUCUUUAAUAAUUAUUUAGUUGAUUCCUUUACAAGCGUGUUUGUUCUUGAGAAUUUUCCAAUGAAAAGAGAAGAAAAUAUGUUUUGGGUUCUUGUUUGUUUUCUUUUGGAUUACUAGAUUUUAUGGUUUCAGCUGGCUGGUAACCAUCUUUCACUACCCUGCUUGAUUCAUGAUAUUAGGCCCAGGAAAAAAAAAGUGAUAUGGGUUCUCUAAUUUCUUUUGUCGAAGAAAAAAUGUGAAAAGUCAACUGAUUUUUUCUUCUUUAGUCAGUUUUUCUACAAUUAUCACUAUUAUAUACACUGAUGAGAACAUUUCAUGUGUAUUUGUUGUGUUUGAAUUUGAAGAUGGCAUGGACCAGAGUUUUUCUACUUGGAGCUGUUCUCGCUUUGUCAUCAUUUUGCCUCGCUGCAGGACAGAUUACUCAUCCAUCAGAAGUCACUGCAUUGAGAGCAAUCCGUCGUAAGCUCAGUGAUCCUAAGAAGAGACUCAACAAUUGGAAAAGCAAGGACCCAUGUGCAUCAAAUUGGACUGGGGUAAUCUGCAGCAUGAAUCCAGAUGAUGGUUAUCUCCAUGUCCAAGAACUGAGGUUGCUAAAUUUUAGUCUCAAUGGGAAAUUAGCGCCAGAGCUUGGCCUACUAUCUUAUAUGACCAUAUUGGAUUUUAUGUGGAACAAUAUAAGUGGCAGCAUACCGAGGGAGAUAGGUGAUAUUACCUCUUUGAAGCUCCUGCUUUUAAAUGGAAAUCAAAUAUCAGGUUCUUUACCAGAAGAGCUCGGUAAUCUGACUAACCUGAACAGAUUUCAAGUGGAUCUGAACAAUAUAUCAGGACCACUGCCAAAAUCAUUUCGAAACUUGACCAGUUGUCUACAUUUUCAUAUGAACAAUAAUUCAAUCAGUGGUCAAAUUCCAGCUGAGCUAUCUUCAUUGCCUCAACUUAUACACUUCCUGCUUGACAACAACAAUUUGUCAGGGUAUCUUCCACCAGAGCUUUCUCAAAUGCCGAAACUGAAGAUUCUUCAACUUGACAACAACAACUUUGGUGGGACUGAGAUUCCAGAAUCAUAUGGCAACAUGUCCAAACUGUUGAAACUGAGUCUUAGGAACUGCAACUUGCAAGGAAGUAUUCCCAAUCUAAGCAGGAUACCAAACCUUCAUUACUUAGAUCUUAGCCAUAAUCAACUUACGGGAAGUAUACCAUCAAAUAGGCUUUCCAAUAACAUCACAACCAUUGACCUGUCCAGUAAUAUGCUUAGCGGAUCUAUCCCCUCAAGCUUUUCGGGCCUUCCUCAUCUUGAGAGAUUGUCACUCGAGAACAAUUUGUUGAAUGGUUCCAUUAGCUCUGCCAUUUGGGAGAAUGUGACUUUUGCUGCUAAUGCAACACUUACCUUGGAUUUCCAGAACAAUUCAUUUUCAAACAUUUCUGGCAGUUUUGUUCCUCCUUCAAAUGUCACAAUCAAGCUAAAUGGUAAUCCUCUCUGUACAAAUGCAAAUGCACUAAACAUCGUCCAAUUCUGUGGAACUGCAAAUGGAGAGGAUGAGGCUCCUGGAAGCCCAGACAACUCCAACAUUACCUGCCCGUCUCAAUCCUGUCCUCUCAAUGAUCAUUUCGAAUAUGUCCCCGGAUCUCCUGUUUCUUGCUAUUGUGCCGCACCACUCGGAGUUGGAUUUCGCUUGAGAAGUCCUAGCAUAUCAGAUUUUCCUCCAUACACUGAUCAAUUUAAGGCAUAUAUAACCUCCAAUCUUGGUUUGGUUCCUUACCAACUACACAUUGAUUCAUUCAUAUGGCAAAAGGGUCCGAGGCUAAGGAUGUAUUUGAAGUUCUUUCCCCAGUAUAAUAAUCAAUCUAAUACAUUUAACACAAGUGAAAUACAGCGGAUUAGAGACUUAAUCACCACAUUUACAAUUCCUGGGGAUGAUAUCUUUGGCCCAUAUGAUCUGCUUAAUUUCACUCUUGUGGGACCUUAUUCAGACGUUGAUCUCGAGUCCAAAAAAUCAGGUAUAAGCAAAGGUGUUAUUGUUGGAAUUGUUUUGGGUGGCCUCUCCUUCGCAACUGCCAUAGUUUUGGUCAUUGCAGUUGUGUUCUGGAAAAAGCAGACUCGACAUGGGCAUAAAGAUUCAAAACAACAACCAUUUUCAAAGACUGCAGUGAUAAUAGAAGGUGUGAAAGGAUUUAGUUUUGGAGAAAUGGAAAUUGCUACUGAAAAUUUUAGUGAAGCUACUCAAAUUGGCCAAGGAGGCUAUGGGAAGGUAUAUAAAGGCAUUUUAGCAGAUGGAACAGUUGUAGCAAUAAAGCGUGCACAACAAGGAUCUUUGCAGGGUGAGAAAGAGUUCUUUACUGAGAUUGGAUUGUUGUCACGAUUACAUCAUCGUAAUCUGGUUUCAUUGAUUGGGUAUUGCGAUGAAGAACAGGAACAGAUGCUUGUAUAUGAAUUCAUGCCGCAUGGUUCACUGCACAGUCUCCUUUCUGCUAGGUCCAGAGGAACUCUUACUUUUGUGACAAGAUUGCAUAUUGCAUUAUGUUCAGCCAAGGGUGUUCUCUACCUCCAUACUGAAGCUUACCCUCCCAUAAUUCAUCGUGAUAUCAAGGCGAACAAUAUACUUUUGGACUCUAAAUUCAAUGCAAAAGUGUCUGAUUUUGGAAUCUCAUGUCUUGUACCAGUAUCAGAUGGUGAAGAAGGUGCCACUGCUCAUGUAUCCACUGUUGUGAAAGGCACACCAGGCUACCUUGAUCCAGAGUAUUUCUUUACUCACAAGUUAACAGAAAAGAGCGAUGUUUAUAGCCUGGGAAUUGUAUUUCUAGAAUUGUUGACCGGGAUGCAGCCUAUAUCUCAAGGUAGAAACAUUGUCCGAGAGGUAACUGCAGCAUGUCAAUCUGGAGCAAUGUUCUCAAUCAUAGACCAGAACAUGGGUCCAUUUCCUUCUGACUGUGUCAAGGAGUUCAUGACACUGGCCCUCAGAUGCAGUCAGGAUUUGACGAAGGAUCGGCCUUCAAUGCUGGAGGUGGUCAGAGAGUUGGAGAACAUAUCCUCAAUGCUACCGCAAGCUGGACAUGGUCGAUCAAAGUCAGACACCUCUGCUUCUGGAAUAUCAGUAAUGGGCACCACAGCAGUCUAUCCUGGAAGAAACUCCUAUGUUUCUGGUUUCCCCGGGAGCGAUCUCGUCAGUGGGGUCAUCCCUACCAUCCGGCCUCGCUGAUCUACCAUUAAAUUUUCUCCUUCUGAACCUUACUUUGAUUAGUUUGUUCAUGUUUGUUUAAAGAAAUUUAAGACUGAUCAUACAUACAGCCUGCAAUAUCUUUGUGCAGUCUAUGAGGAACUACUUGUAUAUAAUGAUGAAUCCCAGUUCACAUGAUUU